GCGGAGCGGCCGCGCCCCGGUUACCGUGACAACGGCGUCGGCCGAGCCCGAGCGGCCCGGACCUGGCAGGCCCCGCUGCCCGCCCAUGCCGCGGAAAGCGCUGCGCUGCGUCCUGCAGCUGGAGCUCCGCUCGAUAACUUGUCCUGGAGUGGUGCUGAAAGACAAACAGGAACUUUAUCUCAGUGUCUUUGUACUUGGGAAGUACAAAAAAACUGAAUGUGUCCCUGCAGUGUUCCCACUCUUCUUUCAAGAAAGACUACUAUUUGAAAAGACAUUUGCUAAUAUAGUUGAUCCUGGAGACCUUGUGAAGUUACUGGAGUUUGACACAGCAGUACUUGAACUAAUACAGCUUGUUCCUCCAGUGGGAAAAGUUCUAGCUACAUAUGAAGAAAAUACAAGAGAUUUCCUGUUCCCUGACCCUAAGCUUACCCAUGGGCACCGUGGUUUGGAGCGUGAGAUUUUAAUGAAGAGGUCCCCGUUUUUCACAGGAAUUGCACCAAAAUUGAGAUUUUCUACAACCUCCCUUAUUUCAGACAGCCUGUUAAGCUUAGGAAGGAGUCACAUACAGGCUGAUACGAACUUGGUGCAUCAUACAACCCUAAACGGGAAAAUGCACUCAAAGCCACCGAAGAACACCCCUCCUUCAGCUGGGAAGGGCCGGGAGGGCCCGGCAGCCAGGAGCUACGAGCAGCCCACCAUCGCCUCCAAGUCGCGCUCGCCGUCCCCGUACACCAAGCGCCGCAUGUGCCAGCUCUCCGAGGAGGCGAGGCAGAGGCUGGCCCACCUGAACCUGGGGCCUCACGAGUUCAGGAGAGACACUGACAAACCUCCCUUUGUGAUCAGACGGGUUGGACAACCAAGUCCUGGUGCUAAACUUCAUUCCUGGUGCUCCCCACGAGAAAGCACAGCAGAAACCUGGCCCAAGGCACUCCAUGAUCUUUCUCCUCUCAACAGCUACAGACCCAAGAAAACUGAAGUGAAAUCUACCAGUGUAAAAGGCUCAGACAGUUGUGCUGUUUGCAAGGAGGACGUGAGCCCAGCUCCCCCCAACAGAGAGUCCCGUUCUGCUCCUUCUUUGGAGCGUUCAGCAGCUCCAGCAGUUCAGGAGCCUUCUCUGAGUUCUGUGCUGAGUCGAUCUUCUCUGAGGGAAAGAUUUAGCACUGGCUGGCCUUCACCAGCAAAUGGAGAUGAGAUCCAUAAAAGAGUGAAAAAUAUUUUAAGGACGCACAGUGCUAGACAGCGCCUAAUAUUUGAUGAUUUGCCUCAGACAAGAGAACCUUCAGUUAAUCUGCCCUUAACCAUGAGUGAGCUGCGGAGCAGUCUUCCAGCGCAGCGGAAGGCUCCUGCUCACUUGGAUGAUGGUGAUGGUUGGUCUGGUCCUGCAGCUGUGUACAAAGAGAAGCCUCAAAGAGCAAUCUUGGAGGAGACUCUCGCAAAAAUUUAUAGAAACAUGUACCAAAAAACUGCUGGUGCUGUUUCAGACCACAAAACAUAUUCCUGAAAGCAGCUCACCUGAAAAUGUGCAGUAUACAGUAUUUGUAACUAAACCUAUUUUUAUAUUUGUACUCUGUUUUUUAAGGUGUCUUUAUGGUUAGGUGUGAGCCUGAUAUUUCUGGGUCUGGGAGAUUUUAGCCUGCUAGCAGCUGUUCACAUUUUCCCAAGGAGAAAUUUCUCAGACACAGAAUUAUCAGGCCCACAGUUAGGCAGGGUUUUGGAGAAAUGGGGAUUUGGCCAGGCCUGAAAAUAGGAAAUGAUUAACAUUCACCCCACCAAAAAAAGAAGAAAAUAAUCCCUAACAAAAAAAUCCCCUCCACAGGGGAUUUUAACAUCAGUUAAGCGAGAUGGUGUUGCUCCUUUGAGACUGAACUCUAUAGUCAUUUGAAGACUAAUAGUCUGCUGGACAUCGCUGUCUGACAUCAACUCAGGUUUCAGCUGCAGGCAGUUCUUGUUAAGUAUCUAAAUCUCUUUAGCAACUUAAACACAAUUGGUUGAAGAAGCAAUCUGUCCUGGUGGUCAGAGAGGGUACCUAAAAGGGAAGGUGAAUGUGAGUGUUGGUUUAAAAGUGACCUGCCUAGGACAAAGGGAAUUGUUUUCUAGACAAUCGCCUUUUGUUUAUUUUGGAGAAUGGCAUAAACUCUGGUACUGUAGGACCCAUAAUCAUGUAUUUGAAGUGGGUUUGAGCACCUUUAGUCACAAGUGUUCUAAUAAUGUGAGUUUUUAAAAGAAAACCACCCAGCCCAGCAGCCUUUGUGUGAGAUGAAAGGUCAUCUUCACAAAGCCUUUGCAUUUGAAAGCUUCCAUGUUCUCCAGCCGUGACAUUUGCCAAUACACUUGUCAUUUUAAAAAUAUGAAUAAGAAAGGACUGUGCAGGGGGAAAGACCAGAGCUAGUCAGCAGGCUCCUUGUGUUCUGUACAGGCCUUCUGAAAUUCCUGCAUCACAAUCCCACCUAAUUUGGAGCCUGUCCUUCCCGGUCUGCUGGGAUCCUGUUGGCAGCAAUCACUUGGUUUUUGCUAAAGGCCACCAAAUGUUCAUCAGCAGUUCGUUGCUUUCCCCAGGGAUGGAACCUUUUCAGCCUUGCACUGAGCAGAUCCCACAUUAGCAGACCAGGGCAAAUUGCCCAUCCAUUGAAAAGCCGAAUGUUUUAAAAGGGCAAGAGUGUCCAUCUCCUGCUUCCCCCCAGAAUGCGGAAAAAACAAACGCCUGUUCUGGCUGCCUCCCUCUCUGAGCAAACAGAGGCAGCUCCACCGAUGCCAUUUUACCUGUUGUGAUUAGAUAGAGGAUAAAGCUAGCAGUACAGAUGGCACAGCAUAUGACUGGAACCUGCCAGCAUGCCUACAUAAACAAAAAGUUGGUCUAUUCUGCCUUCCCUCCUUUAAUGCUGAGACAACAUAAUUGAUUUGAGAAAGCAGUUGGUGAGCAAUUCCGCUGGUGGGAGAGCACGUGGAGGGGCUGUGUGCUGCUGUUUCAGGCAAGGGCACUCUCAGAGGGGGUGUCUCACAUACAAACAUUUCUAUUUCUUGUAACUGUUGGAGCAGUUGAAGUGGAUUAACACUGAUAACUUCUGUCCCUGCUGCCAUUUAGCACAUUAGUGCUUUCAGAGGGCAUUAGUGGCACCGUCCCAUGCUAUGGAGAAGUGCCGAGUCACUCUGUGAGGUAGCAGGACACUUUUUUUUUUUUUUUUGCAGAAGGGAAAAUUAAAACUUGCCCAAGCUGUGUCCCUCAAGGCAUGGAGGCCAUGGAGGGUUGUGCUACCAGGACCUGGUGUUCACUGGCCUCUCCAGUGACCCUAUAUUGGUCCACAAAGGAAUAGUUUUCUUUCUGCCAAGAGGAGUAGCUGUAUCGAAGUAGAACCUAAAUAGGUGGGGCAGAUUCUGAGAAAUACUUUCCAAGAUUUUGGUGUAAAAUUAAUCUCUUGAAACCUGAAGGUUUUUGCAGUUUCCUGCAUGUGUUUGAGCCAUAAGAUUCAGUGUUCUCCUGGUAUCCUGCAGUUUUCAUUCAAUAUUCUUUGUGCAUUCCCUCCCCAGUCUCGCAGCUGAGUAAAAGUUAGUCUUCUGAAGAUUGGCUGCUCCCCUUUGGCCUGAUCUGGCUCUGUGACAUAGAAAACCUCUUUGAUUUUUCCCUCCCCAGCAAUCCAGCUGAUUUAAGUCCCUGUUUGUUCAGUGUGUGAGAAGGCCUGAAUGCUGAGGGAUUGUUGGAGGGUUUUUCUGUAUGUUUGAUGAAGGACACAAGUUGCCGUGAACUGAAGACAUAAGAGGAUGAGAAAGGUUUGGGGCCACUAUAAAAAGCAAGGUGGUGUUUACAAGGGGUCCAAGGAAUGGCUGAAAGAUAUCUGAUUCCCCUAGCUAAAAAAAAAGGAAGCAUAUGGUAAUAUGGCAACCUUCAGUUCUCAUCAGAGAUGAAAAAUUUUUCAGCAAAGGUGAAAACUGGAUGGGAGAAAAAAAUGUCAUCAUUGAAUUUUGACCAUUAUGAAUAUUCUCAGUGUAGCCUUCUUCCGCAGCAUAAGAUCAAAUGGAGCAGACAGACUCUGAGUAUCUUUGGCCCUGCUCCAGCUAGGAGGGAGAUGUGUGUUCAAUGUCUCUCUGAAUCAGCUGCUGCAGGAGAUGUUCCUCUCCUGGGCCAGAGUCAUUCCACAGCUCACGCCACGAUACAGCAAAGAGUGCUCUCUUCCAAGCACUGUGCUGGAAAUCCAGUUUGGUAAAUGGAAAACUUUCCUCUGGAAUGUGACUUCAGACCCAGUUACUCUGACCUGUCCCUAAAAUCUUCAAUGCACUUUGUUUUCAGAACCAUUCUCCCCUUCCCUGUUUGCUCAGGUGGCCCUGCCAGCACACACAGCUCCGAGCACCGCUGCUGCUCUGCCCCUGCAGCCUGGGAGAAGUGGAGGUUCAGGCACUGAACCAACACAGCAAUAACUGUAAUUGUUUAGUGCACCUUGCCUUCUAAUACAAUUUAAAUCCCUUCUAUCAAAUGCAAAUUUCUGGAUUCCUGAGUGGAGCUUUAAAUAGCAUUUUCUGUGCUCAUUCUUUAUCUUUUGCCAUCCACAAAGUUCUAGUGACAGUGGGAUGGCAUAAUUCCACCUCCAUCUUUUAGCUCGUAAAGGAAAGCUGCCUACUCAAAUCUGGCAAUAAUGGGCCAGAUGAGGAGUGAAUUGGUGCUUUUCUGUGGAGUCUGUGUCUCUCUCUUGCUCUCCCCAAGUUAUUAUAACCCACGAGUGUUCUCACCAAAAGCUGUUCAGCAUCUAGUGAUGCUUUCAGGAUGCAAUCAGUGCAAUAUUUUAAUCACUUUCAAUUUAGUGAGUCAGACUCUGCUUCCUACUUGCUCCCUUCCAUCUCUCCUAUGAAUAACUUGGUAGAGUUUAGGAUCUUGGGCUGGCUUUAGACAAACUGCCUGCCUGUGUUUAGAAGAAAUGCAAAUCCUUGGCUGAGGAGCAACUGCUUUGGAAAUCACUCAGUCAUUGACCUGGUGUGAAUUAAAGACAAAAACGUCAAACUCUUUAAUGAUUUGCCUUAUCUAAGUUUCUGACUUAGAGGAAGAGAAUCUUAAAUUGCUCCACUGAGGAUAAGAAGCAUGUGGAUGGCUGGAGUGAUGGGAACAGGUAGGAUAAGUAAGAUAGAUGGGGAACAGUGUUUAUGUUACAAAGUUGAGCAGCUUGGGAAGUGAUGAGGGCUGUUCUUUAGAUUGUGCAUCACAUGUUUGAAUUUUACUUCAGAGGCUGCCAAAAUUAUCAGGGGAGAACGUUAUCUACCUAGAGAUGCUGGAAAUCUAUUUUUGGGAUAAAAUAACAGAACAUUUAGCUCGGCUCAGUAUUAAAUAGUCUUUUCCAAACUCCUUCUCAUUGUUACCUCAGCUGUAAAAUGGGGAGUUUGUGCUCUGUUGAAACUUAAUUAAAUGACUGAGAAGUGCUUUGGGAUCUUGAGGUGAAUGUUAUUUUAUGGAGGUGAAAUUAUUUUAUGGAAGCCUGGCUGAAAAGUCCCAUCUUAUCUGCAGGUUACUAAAAAAGCUUUUUUUUAAAUUUCACCAGGUUUAUUAUGUUUUAAUCAGAUGAUUAUUAAACAAAUCUUAAUCAGAUUUAAUAGAUUUCUAUCUUGAUCAGAGAGGGCUAGAAAACAUAAUGAGGUGCUUUACUACAUGUGCUCUUAGGAGCUAAUCUUUGCAGCGGGCAUCUUGCUCAGCUUCUGUAUCCUGCGUGAUCCAGGUUCAUAUCCUCACACUGAUUGCUCUUAUGAUAUCUUUUUAAUCUUAUUUUUGAUACAAAUUAUAUUUUUCAUCCUGAUGUCUUAGUGCUGUUUGCUCUGUGUAGCAACCAGCCGUGGUACCAUCUCUCUCAUCAUUGAUCUUCAGCCUCUCCCCAGGAACAAAGAGUGCAAUGGAGAAUUUUGUGUGGUGUGCCAUGGGUUUGUCAGAGGGAGCUGGAAGAAUCUCUGCCUUCCCACUCCAUGUGCAAGGAAUAACUUGGUACAUUAUUCUGCUCUUCCCAAUUUUUAAGCUUAAAAUGUUUGCUGAAACACUGAACUGUGCAACAAAAUUCUCAGCCUUUUGGCAGUGGUCUCGUGCUGUAUAAAUCUGGUAAUGUGGGAUCUCUGGGUCAUAGGAAAGGCCAUGGUGUUAAUUACUUCAGUGGUCAUGGAGUGAUCAUUAUCACGAUGCUGAGAAUUUCUCAUGGGAUUUGUUUAGUAAGGAGACUUUCAAAUCAAUGAAAUUGAGCCUCUUGGUUCCAGUGAGAACACUUGGAGCUGAGAGAGGACAGCACUUCUAGGGCUGAUCUCGAUGAGCUGCCUCCCUGACAGAAGGGGUGUCUGCCUUAGGUGAUGUCUCUGGGAGCAGCAGAGAAUUGGUCUUUGCCCAGUUCCUUUCAGUUCCAACAAAUGCAGCAGCAUUGUGGGAAGUGAUUGAAACCCCCAAUAUUCCUGUUUCCAUUGCACAGGAGCUAUAAGCACAAGCCCCCUUGAUUACUCUUGGCUUCUUCUGCUUUCCCCGUGGAAUUCAAAACAUCAUCAACCAAAGCCCUUCAAAGAUGUGGCUGUAGCUCCUUUUAUCAGUGCUGGCUUGCCAAAGGCGUGGGGUUUGUUCCCAUUUUAUCUUUGUGAGAGAUUCUCUGAAGUCUGGUGAUAAUUUGUCUGGAUGGCAGCAUAAAGGAACUGUAAUCUUUCUCUUUGCUUGAUCUAUGUGGAGAUUGUGCGUUUUCUUCCUGUGCAUUUCCCUUCAAUUCUGGGUGAUUGCCUCUGGCCCAGCAGAGAACUCCCUGCAGCCUGAGCAGUGGGAUCUGAGCCACCUCCUCAGCCUCCUUGAGGAAAGGAGUUUGCUGCUGCAAAACAACAUCCCUCCUGGGUCAUAAGGAUUUACUGAUCUUGAGGAGACAAAAAUUCUGUUCUGUGGCCAGGCCUUUGCAUAACCCUGUGGAGCUGAUGGCAUGGAAGGAAGAGAGCUUCACACAGAGCAGGUUGGGAGGCUGGGAGGAGGACAGACUGGAGAGCGUUUGAUGCCUGGCGUGCCAUGAAUUAUGCACUUCUAUACCGUGAAUUAUCGGUGUAGGAAAUAGCCUGGGCAACUCCUCAGUAACAAAAGCACCAUUUACAUCACUGAGUGGUAGUGAAUUCUAAUGCUUGUAUUUGUGUUGUUAGCCUGAGUGUAGCUCUAGGAACUGUUUCAUUCAGGGUUCCAGUAGUAAACGCUUGCUAAGAGGUUGCUUUCCCUGCCUGCCUUGUUUUCACCACAGUCAUCUAGUGUUUACAUACAUUUUAGCCUCUGUGCCAUUUUUGAAGGCUUUAUUUGUCUCAUUUAUGUUUCUGGUUUGGAUAAUACUUAAAUAUGAAAUCCAUCUGGGAAACAUAUUGUAUAUUCACG